GCCUGGGGAGCUAGUCAAACAGGAAGAACAGAUUUAAAACAGCCGUGGGAAGGUAACUGCAGCUGCGGCAGGGACUCGGUGCAUGGAGGAGUGUGCGCAGGUCGGGGCAGGGCCAGGGAGUGCCAGGAACUCAGCCUGCCUCUGCCUGCUCCCGGGGGGUGAAAGCAGAGACGCCUUAACAUGGACCCUCUUUGAAGCAACAAUGGCCUGAUCUGAGAGCUGCCAAGAUGUGUCGACUGGACACCCUCGAUCCCAGCAGCUUCCAGAAGCUCCUGAUGAAGACGGGGCUCAUCCUGAUUGUGAUCGGACACCUCAGUUUCAUCUCCGGAGCCCUCGUGCAUGGGACCGUGCUGCGCUACGUGGCAAACCCCCAGGAUGCCAUCUCCCUGCAGUACGCCAUCGCCAACAUCAUCUCGGUGACCUCGGCCAUCCUGACCAUCUCCUGUGGCAUAGCUGCGAUUGUGCUGUCCAGAUACCUUUCCCUAACAGCCCUGAAGUGGGCGGUCUUCUCCCUCAGCAUAAGCAGCACCCUGCUCUCGCUCUUCUGCUCCGUGGGGCUGGCGGUCUCCAUUAUCCUCACCUUCGCCAACAAAGGGACCGCCCUGCUGGCCACCUGCACCUUCGCCAAUGUGGAGCUGAUCCAGAUCUCCCACGAGUGCUCCUUCGACCCCACCGGCGUCUAUAGCUCCACGCUGUCCCUCUGGACCAUGUCCCUGAUCCUCGACACGGUGGAGAUCAUCUUCAGCAUCCGGUGCUUCCUGCUCACCCUCGUGCUCCUCAACCUGAAACUAUGUCGGAAGACCCGCAAGAAAAAGGUCACGUUGCAGCUUGUCCCAGUGGAGAAUCGAGAAGCCAAUGAGGGCCGUGUCCUCCUGAGGCAGGGCAGAGUGGAGACGGUGUGGCUCUGAACAGGCCCGAGGAGCCUCCGCUCGUGUAUCAACCGCAUGGACCUGCCCCCAUCCAGGCUCUGCUGUCCGAGCAACCUCAGGGGCUUGAUUUCCUCCCCCCAUUGUUCUCCCAUAUACUGCACUGGCCUCAUGGCUCAUGCUCUCCCAGCCUCCUCCCCAGGGCGGUGCUGUUGCUCAAACCCAUUGCUGUACUGAGGGGAAGGGAUCCUCCACCCGGCUUGACACAUGUCCUACCUGCUGCCUUAAUCUCCCAGCCCUCUCCUGCUUGCCUGGCUGCAGGGAGCGAGCGAGGAAAGGGCUGGGAGUUGUUGGAUGUAAACUGGCCUCCCCCAGCCAGGGAUAGACGAAAUCUCGCUCUCAGCGUGCCUAGGUCUGACAUCAUCCCACAAGCAGCUGCACGGAGACAAAACUUUAUUCUGAAGAUAUUAAAAGAACAAAAGCAACCCCCCCA